AUGAAUAAUCAUGGCACAAUCGAGGAACAGUGGACAAAAAAGCCUUACAAAACUUCGGAAUUCCCCAAAGUAAUAAAAGAAGAGAAUGAUUCGGACGGCGAAGAAUCCAUGCUAAUAAAUGAGGGUAUAAAGUCGCGUGCUCCACGUGUAAACUUUAUAACCCAACAAACUAAAAGUAGAUUAUCGCCAACCGAAACGCGUGACACUGGAAGCGAGAAAGUAAUUCGCGAGCUAUAUCGAAAACCACUCGCGAGUAUUUUCUAUGAGCGGCCAUUGCCUCGGGACCACGACUCGUUUAUGGCGCCAUCCCAGCCGCCCUUGUAUCCUCCGAUGUACCCGAAAUACCACGACACUUUCCAGCGUGACAUGAUGGAUAGAUUACAUCCGCCAGCGCCUCACAGAUAUGAUCAAUACUACGAGCGUCGAUAUGAUGUGGAUUAUGACUCCUACUUUCCACGGUAUAAAUUUCCGCACUACUAUUAUUAUCCAGACAAGCAUUUCGAUGUGCCAUUGUACUACCGAAAUCCUAACUAUUUCUACACGAACGAAAUCGAGAUCGCAUCUGCGCGCCCCGCCGUAUCUGCUACGUACAACGAUCGUUUGCCGCCGUCUACAACGGUUCGAUCCACGGUAGGUCCUGCCAUGCGCAAUCGUCGAAUAAUUUAUUUUGCGACGUUACCCGAAAUAGUUCGUCCAUCUCCUAAUUUGGAUAUGUAUCACCGAUAUCCUAUUGGAAGCAUGGGAACUAAAUAUGAACCGUUCUAUUCUAUUAAAACUCCACAACCACCGAUUGCUUACAAGAAUUCUCGUCCGUUGGCCAACGAUCGUAAGGAUGAUAAAUAUGUCGUUUCGAAACCAAUCAAGAUAAUUCGAGAUGCGGAAGCCACAAGGAGGGGAAGAUUAUCAAUGUCCCAGGAAGCCACCGAUUCGACACGUUCGUCUCUUCGGAACGAUGGUCUACUGCUCGGUAUACAGAGGACCUACUUUAGAGGAGGUUUAUGA